AUGACGACGAGGCGUGUAGUUGUGGCGGUCCUGGUUCUGCUCAACCUGUGCGGUCCCACCCUGCAGUUUGAUGCGCCUGACGGCCCCCGACACCAGGACCAGGCCGCAUGGGGAGAAGUCGUCCCUUCACUGGAGGCCGUGAAGGAUCCGGUCCUUGUGGAGUCCCGAGAACCCGAGGAGGCGUUUGACUCCGCCCCCGUGUUUGGAGAACACGGCAACCUCAGAUGGGUGUCGUGGAACGGCUCCCUGCCCGACGGGGCGGUGGCCAUCUUUAACGGCUACGCAGAGCGCACCGACUACGUGUGCAAGGUCCACUGCGAGGCGGGUUUCUUCACGGCCACCAAAGGCAGCUUCUGCCGCUACCCCUACGCCGACAAAGAGUAUGCCUCGUCCGGGUUUGAGGUUCUGGUUAACGUGGACCACUUUGAGUUUCUGGAGUGGGUGGAGGACUCGUACGGGUCUGUGCCUCAGAACGCUGUGAGAACCUGCGGCGACGUGGACAUCUUUGUGGGCAAGAACAAGUACGGCCUCGGCAAGGUGGUGAGCCAACAUGAAGCCUUCUUCCUGCCCUGGGAGGGCGACGAGUACUGGUACAAGAAGUACCAGGUCCUGGCCAUCAACAGGGACGCCUACAGCCAGCACAUCUCCCACGUGGAAUACGCCGUGGACCAAAUGAAGCUCUUCCACCAUCCUCCGGAGACCCUGCAGACGGCCAAGGUCACCAACCUGGAGUGCGGCGGCGUGCAGAAGACGGUGAGGCUGGAGAAGACCAGCGCCACCGAGAAGACCUGGGACAUCGGCAGGGAGACCCGCAACGGCUCCGUUUCCACCAUGAAAGCCAAGGUGCCCGUCCUGGGCCCCGAGACGGUGGAUUUCACCAGGGAGCAGACGGUGACCUUCUCGGAGGGGACCAGCGUGGUGGAGGCCAUCAGCCACUCGGUCAGCGUGGAGCUGCUGGUCCCGCCCAACUUCUCUUGCAGCGUCAGAAUGGACGGCAGGAAGAUGAGGGCCGACAUUCCCUUCACAGCCCGGCUCAGCCGCACCAACCACGACGGGGACACCCGCUGGACGUACGUCACGGGCACCUAUGACGGCGUGAGCGUGGGCGAGAUCAACGCCGUAGUGGAGAGGUGUCAGCCCGUGUCUGAGACGCUUCCUUGCUCUCCGACGGAAGAAUGA